UCCGCGAGCACCGUGCUCAGUAUCUGACAACUGUCAAAUGGCAAUUGCACUUGUGAACUUGUUAUAACGUUCGCGCGGUUGAGAAAUGGCAGCGGAAAUAAAGCCCGCCCCGGGAGUAAAUCAUGAUAAAUUCAGCAGCAGCCGCAAGCCGGUCCUCCUGUCAAAAUUGGAGGGCUGCAGCGACGACGUUAAUGCUGCUAUCAUUAUCCCACGGGAAGAGGGUGUAAUCAGUGUUUGCGAUGACAGGACAGUUAGAGUAUGGCUGAAGCGAGAUUCUGGUCAUUAUUGGCCGAGUAUUUGUCAAUACAUGCCAGCAGGUGCUACCUCUAUGCACUAUAGCGUAGAAACGAGACAGUUAUUUGUAGGCCUGGAUAAUGGAAGCAUUAAUGAAUUUAUCUUGGAACAAGAUUACAAUCGGAUGACAGCUAUGCGCGAUUAUCUAGCGCAUCAAGCAAGAGUCACAGGAAUCAUUUUCACAGCAGAUUUUGAAUGGGUUUUGAGUAUAGGCCGUGAUAAAUUAUUUCAAUUACACAGCUCCGAAACAGGACAAAAAUUAGGAUCGUAUCAAACAGACGCAUGGUAUACCGCUCUACAAUUUGACGCCCAAUCCAAACACGCUUUCGUAGGAGAUUAUUCUGGUCAGAUAGCCAUGUUAAAGCUGGACAAUAGUGGCGUUACCUUCAUUACCACAUUAAAGGCGCACACGGGAAGUAUUCACACGUUGGCCUGGGACUCGGAGAAACAAUUGUUGUUUUCUGGUAGUUUCGAUCAAAGCAUCAUCGUUUGGGACAUUGGAGGUCGUCAAGGCACCGCUUAUGAACUUCAGGGACACCAUAAUAAAGUAACAGCAUUAUGCUACGCGAGUGCCGAACGCUUGCUCUUGUCCGGAGGCGAGGACGGCGUGAUCGUCUGUUGGAAUAUGGUGGCAAAUAGGAAGGAAACCGCCGCUUGGGUCGAAUCCGAUGUCUGUCAGGCUUGUGGAAGACCCUUUUUCUGGAAUAUAAAAGCUAUGAUGGAUCAACGACAAUUGGGAUUGAGGCAGCAUCACUGUCGCUAUUGCGGUCGCGCGUUAUGCGCUCGCUGCACAUCGCAACGAAUACCGAUACCGGCGAUGGGCUUCGAGUUCGAAGUGAGAGUUUGCGAUCAAUGUCACAUACAGCUCAAGUCGGAGAAUCAAUCAUCGUUGGCCUCCUUCCAUGAUGCCAAGCACAGUGUCAUUGGGAUGGAUUUAGACGCUCCUAGGCGAAGAUUGUUGACUAUCGGCCAAGAUCGCGUUAUUAAGAUUUGGGAUGUGUCCGCGCUCUUUCAGUGAAUUUCUACGUGUAUGUAUGUCGAUAAUCUAAAUUGCGUGAUAUGAAUCAAAUCACUAAGAGAUAUCGUCAUACUCGGAAGAAUACUCUGGAACCUAUUUUUGUGAUUAUAUAUGUAAUUAUGCCUGUUUGUGAAGUCGGUGAUCGGUGAUUACGUAACCCGAGUUGGACCGACGAGCUGAUAGCGACGAUAUGAAGCGAUCAUUUGUCAGUUUGUCGGUGAUAAUGCUAGAGUCUGCUUAAUCCAUAUCCAUAUUUUCUGUAUGAGAAAUCAGGAAAUAAUUGGAGAGAUAAUGAAUAUGACGUAAGCCUGUUAAUUCAGUGACAUUGUCUUUAAACCUGAUGUUGUAUAUUGAUGUAGAAAAGUAUUUACUUCCAGAAUAUGUAUAUGCAAGAAUAUGUAUAUGCAGAAUAUGUAUAUGCAAGGUACAUGGACUCCCUUUGAAAGAUCAGGAUGACGACAUUGUAGUAAUCACGACGCAACACAACACAGAUGUAAUUAACAGUAUUAAAAUAUCUUUCCGAGAGUAUACAUAUAUGUAUAUGUAUAAAAUUGAAUUUUUUUUUUAUAUAAUAUAUUUACACGUUAAUCGGAGAUGGUUUCGAGAUGGAAUCUUUUCGUUAAAUAUUCUCUCGAAUAAAAUUCUUUAUGCAAUCAUCGAUUUUUUUCCAAAAUUUGCAAGAUUACACAUAUGUUACACAUUGCGAAUCGAGGGGCCCAUAUCUCAAGAUCGUUUUGCAACUUAAACAUGUACACCAUAAUCGUCGUAUAUAUUAUACAUUUUGUUAUUAUCAGAAUCUUAAAAAUAUCUUUACGUUGUUUAAAUAAAUUUUUGAUUUAAAAAAAAUAAUCAAGAAAGUACUAAUUAACAACCGACCGACAGUGAUGUAAGCAUCGAAACUAUUUUAAUGUUAAUGUGCUUUAUCUGAUAAAAGAAUAGAGGGAGAAAAUCUUUUAAGAAUUUCCAGUUCAUUUUCUACAUAUUUUACAUCCUUAUACAUUAUUAAAUUACUAGCAAUUUGAACAUAAAAAUCUUAAACUACUUAUACUAUCUUUGAAUCGACUCAGAUAAGUAGCAAUGCAUCUUGUACCAAAUUUUAUUUGUUAUGUAACUCAUACAAGAUUGUUUAAUGUUAUUGUAUCGUAUUGUGAGAAAACGCGAAUCAGACAAAGUAUCUAUCAGUUAAUAGUACUAGUUACUUAUUGACUCGCAUUUAAGUCUCCUCAAGUACAAUAGACAGAUACAAGCUAUA